CUGCUUCCUGCGUCACGUCGGUCCUUCAGUGAUAAAAUAUGCCAUAUCGUCCAUAUCAAUACCUCUACUGUUGGCGACUAUGUGGCGGAGGAACUAAGCGUCAAAAAAUUGAACAGCAUUCAUGAUUGGCUCUGGCUUGCUGGACGGCCUGGAACCCCCAGAUCGCUGAGCUACCAACAAUCAUCGUCGCGCGAAAUUAUCAUUGAUGAGAGAGCGGACAUACACCUCGUCUGGGUCCCUGGACGAAUGUUCUUGAAGCCAAUCCCUCGGUAUUUAUUGGAUCAUGACUUUUGGACGCGGCAUAUCACGAGCCAAGAUACUCACAUGUCUGCGCUCGGCUUCUUACGCUCAUAUGUUGCUUUGAUUCAGUACGAGAGCGAUUUUCGAAUCGCCAAAGAGAAGCACUUGAUUCCAGAUUAUGUGACCUGGGAAGCAUGGGUCGACUUUGUGGAUCAGUUCCUCGGACUUGGAGAUUUGACGACGAAGGUCAACAAGCGUUACCAUUACGGCGAGCUUCGAUUAUCGCGACUGAACAAAGUCUGUUGGAUACAAGGUCGCGUCCGAGGACACAAGUUUCCAUACCAAACAUAUGGAGAGAUGCUUUCCAUGAAUAUGGCGCCAAUUGGAGCAGCAACGGUAUAUAUUGCGAUCGUGUUGACGGCCAUACAAGUCGGGUUAGCCACUCCACAGUUGGCGAACAACAGUGCGUUCCAACAAGCAUCCUAUGGGUUUACAGUGUUUUCUAUCAUUGCUCCGGCAGGCUUCACAGUGGCGGUUCUUAUUGUCAUUUUCUUCCUGUUCAUUUACAAUUGGCGAGCUACGAUGAAGACUAGGCAGCCUGACGCUGAAAAUCGACAAAAGUAG